CACACUCUCGUUCGCAUGCGUUUUACAUGUGUUUUCGAGAAGGGGAUUGAAAAUUUGGAUGAACUGGAGGAUGAUACAUACGAUGAUGAAAAAUCAGCGCGCACCUCAGAUGAAAAUCGCAAGCAAAAUCACAGUGAAAUCGAGAAACGGCGUCGCGAUAAGAUGAAUACGUAUAUUAACGAACUGUCGUCAAUGAUACCCAUGUGCUUUGCCAUGCAACGAAAGCUGGACAAGUUGACAGUGCUGCGUAUGGCUGUGCAGCAUUUGAGAGGCAUACGAGGCAGCCUGCAUCCGUAUAAUGGAGGCGACUAUAGACCCAGUUUCCUGUCGGAUCAGGAGCUAAAGAUGAUCAUAUUGCAAGCCUCGGAGGGUUUUCUGUUUGUUGUGGGUUGUGAUCGCGGACGCAUCCUCUAUGUGUCGGAGUCUGUCUCCACUGUGUUGAAUUGCACUCAGGCAGAUCUGCUGGGUCAGAGCUGGUUCGAUGUCCUGCAUCCGAAGGAUAUUGGCAAAGUGAAGGAACAGCUGUCCUCACUUGAGCAGUGUCCACGCGAGCGACUGAUCGAUGCCAAGACUAUGUUGCCCGUCAAGACGGAUGUGCCGCAGAGCUUGUGUCGCCUGUGUCCGGGAGCUCGCCGUUCCUUCUUUUGUCGCAUGAAAUUGCGUGCCGCCAACAAUCAGAUCAAAGAGGAGUCAGACACUUCUUCCAGUUCCCGCAGCUCCACCAAGCGCAAAUCGAAGCUUAGCAUGGAUCACAAAUAUCAGGUAAUACAGUGCACGGGCUACCUGAAAUCCUGGAUGCCCAUUAAGGACGAGGAUCAGGAUGGCGACAAUGAUGAUCAAACAACGAAUCUCUCCUGCCUCGUGGCCAUUGGACGCAUACCAACCAACGUACUCAACUCGAGUGUGCCCUCCUCCCUGGACAACCAUCCCAACAUUCGGCAUGUGCUCUUCAUCUCACGUCACUCUGCGGAAGGCAAGUUCCUAUUCAUUGAUCAACGUGCUACGCUGGUAAUUGGCUUCCUGCCGCAGGAAAUAUUGGGCACCAGCUUCUACGAGUACUUUCACAACGAUGACAUUUCCGCAUUGGUGGAAUCCCACAAGAUGGUUAUGCAGGUGCAGGAAACAGUUACCACGCAAGUUUACCGUUUCCGCUGCAAGGACAAUGGCUACAUUCAACUGCAGAGUGAAUGGCGCGCUUUUAAGAAUCCUUGGACAAAUGACAUUGACUAUAUCAUUGCAAAGAAUUCUGUAUUCCUAUAGCAUAUGGCCAUGCUCGAUGUCAAGGAACCCAACUAAAUAAAAUCUGGAAUUGGAAAGUGGAAUUGGAGCAUC